AUGGCUUCUGCAAGUAAUGGGUUUGAAGCAAAGCUAAGAGAUGUUGGGAAUAGGCUUCUGCACCCUCCAUCUUCUGCUGACAAACUCUUGCCUCUUCUUGAAAAGGCUGAGUCUUAUUUGGCAAAGGUGGAACAACAACCAUGUAUGUCAACAAAGAUUGCACUUUCACCUCUCAUGGAAGCAUUGGUCGCAGAUCAAAUCUUAAAGCAUGGAAAUUGUGUUGUCAAAGUGUCAGCUGUUGCCUGCAUAAGUGAGAUCACAAGGAUAACGGCACCAGAUGCUCCUUACAAUGAUAAUCAAAUGAUGGAAAUUUUCCAGCUGACUGUAGCAUCAUUUGAGAACUUGUCUGAUAUGACGAGUCCUUGUUAUUCCAAGGCCAUUUCGAUUCUUAAGAGUUUUGCAACCUACAGAUGGUCUGACCACCCAGAAGAAGUAUUUUCAGCCAUGGAGACUAUUAUGACUCUGGUCAUGGAUGAAAGUGAAUAUGUUCUGGUUGAGCUUGUUAGUCCCAUUCUAGCUACUAAUGUUUCACCUGUUUGUUGGAGGUUGGGAGAGAAAGUUAUAACCAACUGUGCAGCCAAGCUUAGGCCCUAUCUCAUUGAAGUGGUAAAAUGCCUGGGAACUCGUUUAAGUGAUUAUGCUCCAGCGGUUGCUACCAUUUACCAAAAUGAAUCUAAUACCCGACAAAAUAAUCUCAAUGACAGUGGUUCACGGGAACAUUUGGAGGCUAAAAUGUUCUCGGAAGAUAUCGUCUGUCCUAGAGAAGUUGGUCCAUCUGGGGAAGAAUCUUUGAAGUCAAUGAUCAGCAAUGAUGCUUCUCAGACGAAGAAUGACACUUUUAUAGACGGGAAUCCUUUGAAUAGAUUAGAUCAACAUUCUACUAUGAAGCUUCUUCUAGAAACUACUGACAAAGCUGUCAGCAUACCUCAGAAACGGAGUUGGAAACCUUAUUUUUUGGUGAAUCCAGAGGAAGGAUAUGAUUAUUGUUGGACUGGGAGGAGGAAAAGGGCUAAUCCAAGGAAAAUAAUUACAGGAGCACCAUCAAUUUGA